AGGAAACUGCUGGAAGAAUGCUGCGACCCUGGGCAGCUCUUUGCUAUGACAAAGCUAAAUUCCCCUAUGGGAAAGAACCUCUGGUUUGAUGGGGAAUUUUUAUAUUCUUUCACUAUUGACAAUGCAACUUACUCUCUCUUCCCACAGGCUACUCCCUUCCAGCUGCCACUGAAGAAAUGCUCUGUGGUGGGAAACGGUGGGAUCCUGAAAAAGAGCGGCUGCGGCAAACAAAUAGAUCAAGCAGAUUUUGUCAUGCGGUGCAACCUUCCUCCUCUAUCCAGUGAAUACAGCAAGGAUGUCGGAUCAAAAACCCAGCUGGUGACUGCAAAUCCCAGUAUAAUUCAGAAAAGGUUCCAGAAUCUGCUGUGGUCUCGAAAAGCGUUUGUGGACAGUGUGAAGGUGUAUAACCACAGCUACAUCUACAUGCCAGCCUUCUCGAUGAAGACAGGGACGGGACCCUCCCUCCGUGUCUAUUACACCCUGGAGGACUUCGGUGCCAAACAGGCGGUCCUUUUCGCCAACCCCAAUUUCCUACGUGACAUUGGCAAGUUCUGGAAGAGCAAAGGUAUCCAUGCCAAACGGCUUUCCACAGGACUUUUCCUAGUCAGUGCCGCCCUUGGCCUGUGCGAAGAAGUAACAAUUUAUGGCUUCUGGCCGUUCUCGGUGGACCUGCACGGGAAGUUUAUUAGCCAUCAUUACUAUGACAACGUCUUGCCUGAUUCUGGAUUCCACGCCAUGCCGGAGGAAUUUCUACAGCUCUGGUUUCUUCAUAAAAGUGGUGUACUGAGAAUGCAGCUAGAACCAUGUGAGGACCCUUUAAUCCAGUCUUCUGCCUGAGGAUUGUAGGAGUCGGUCUGGGAGAUCCAGUAGUUUCUAAUUUCCAUGCUCUCCAACAGAGAGUUCAGUUUUCCGUUGAUUCUUUUUAAAGGGAAAAUAAUCGUGGAUCUGCAUGGACCAUAAAAACGCUACUUGAAGGCCAAAUGGAAUACGGCCUUAACGUGUAGUGCUUUAUGGAACUGGGGUGAGGGAAGGUGAAUCUCUCCAUCGAGUCCAUU